UGGUCUGCAAAACAAUUUACUGGUUCAUUUGAUCCACCUCCUCUUGCCUAUCAUUCUGCUCAAAUUGUUGGAGACUACAUGAUAAUAGCAUUUGCACCAGAUGCAACACCAGAAGAUUCCGAUCAAUCUAAUAAUCAUUUACCAUUCAACAUUUUACUUAUUGCUGGUAUUGGCGGCUUACUUGGAUUGGCGGCUUUCUUGGUGCUCGCAUUGUUAUUGGAGGCAUCAUAG